UAUUUUUAGUUACAGUAUUUUCCAAUUCCAAUCAUUUUCGCUCAAUGUAUUGCGGUUCAAGUGUUGGUUUGAGCCGCUGAUCCUAGAACAGUCCUUACGAUUCAGAACUUGGGCAAAUGAUAAACCUGCUUUGUGUUCUUGCCCCCCUACACUACGUUAUCGUCUACCCCUCCGCUUGUGUGACGCGAGUCCCGCCUCCCCCGGUCUCUUCAGCGUCCCUUCCCCAGCGAUAGAGCAAGGUUGUGAGUCCCCAACACGGAGCAAGAAUACUGACACCCGCGACUGACUGAAACCAAGGGGAAGAUGGAGCACAGAGACCCUCAUUUCAACAUAUUGUUAGCUACUGAUUCUUAUAAGGUGACACACUACAAGCAGUACCCUCCCAACACCAGUAAAGUGUACUCCUACUUCGAGUGCCGCGAGAAGAGGCCUGACCCGACCAAGAACAGAAAAGUCAAGUAUGAGACAACGGUCUUUUAUGGCCUGCAGUACAUCACCAACAAAUACUUAAAAGGGAAGGUGGUGACUCCAGAGAAGAUCCAGGAAGCGAAGGAGGUGUACAGGGAACACUUCCAGGAUGAUGUCUUCAACGAGAAGGGCUGGAACUACAUACUGGAGAAGUAUGACGGCCACCUACCCAUAGAGAUCAAGGCGGUGCCGGAGGGAAGUGUGAUCCCACGGGGUAACGUCCUCUUCACCGUGGAGAGCACCGACCCAGAAUGCUACUGGCUCACCAACUGGGUGGAGACCAUCCUUGUUCAGGUCUGGUACCCCAUCACCGUGGCGACCAACUCCAGGGAGCAGAAGAAGAUUCUGGCCAAGUACCUGCUGGAGACCUCUGGCAACCUGGACAAGCUGGAGUACAAGCUGCACGACUUCGGCUAUAGGGGAGUCUCCUCACAAGAGACGGCAGGUAUCGGAGCCUCUGCCCACCUGGUGAACUUUAAGGGCACAGACACGGUGGCUGGCAUCGGCGUGAUUAAGAAGUACUACGGCACCAAAGACCCUGUGCCUGGCUUCUCUGUGCCCGCCGCGGAGCACAGCACCAUCACGGCGUGGGGGAAGGACCACGAGCGAGAUGCCUUUGAGCACAUCGUGAGGCAGUUCCCCAACGUGCCCGUGUCGAUCGUCAGUGACAGCUAUGACAUCUACAACGCCUGUGAGAAGAUCUGGGGCGAAGACCUGAGGAGUCUCAUUGAGUCCCGCAGCGCUGACGCCCCACUGGUGGUCCGCCCCGACUCAGGGAACCCCCUGGAUACCGUACUGAAGGUGCUGGAGAUCCUGGGGAAGAAGUUUAUCCCUACGGAGAACUCCAAAGGCUACAGAGUUCUGCCGCCCUAUAUCAGAGUUAUACAGGGGGACGGAGUGGACAUCAACACCCUGCAAGAGAUCGUGGAGGGGAUGAAGCAGCAUCGGUGGAGCAUUGAGAACAUUGCCUUUGGCUCUGGAGGGGCUCUGCUGCAGAAACUGACCAGGGAUCUGCUCAACUGCUCCUUCAAAUGCAGCUACGUGGUCACCAAUGGCCUGGGGGUGAAUGUGUUCAAGGACCCGGUGGCGGACCCGAACAAAAGGUCAAAGAAAGGUCGUCUGUCUCUGCACCGGACAGCGAGCGGGGACUUUGUCACUCUGGAGGAGGGCAAGGGAGACCUGGAGGAGUACGGCGUGGACCUGUUACACACAGUGUUUCAGAAUGGGAAAAUUGUCAAGACGUACACAUUUGAUGACGUCAGAGACAAUGCCAAGAUAACGGACAGUGACCUCAAGGAGCUCCUCCACUGAGGGACCGCUGACCCCUGAACCUCUGACCUCCAUCACCCCACCGGAGGCGGCAUAUUGCCAAUGACCCCUUCCCUCAACCUCCACCCACCCUCCCAGAAGCACUGUCCUCCACUGGAGAGGAGAGUAGACCCCCCCCCCCCCAACACACACAAACACGUCCAAACCCACACCUGAGUGAAGGCCAAGGGAUAGAGAAAGUAGUGAGUGAAUGAGGAAAGGGAGAGAGGAGUGAGUGAAACCAGUAAGUGAUAAAGGAAGUUGAGUGAGAUAAAUGAGAGCAAAAGAGAUGUAAACAAACACACUGACUGUACCCUGUGUUGUGUGUACAGAGCUGUUUAAAGUAAUUAAUCAUCUAUUUAGCAUUGUCUUUUAGUGGUGGAUGGAAUGAUAUCGCGGGAUAGAAAUCAUUUAAACUGCGGUUACAUUAGUGUUUAUCUGACCAAGUGUCGCUAUAAAUUGAUCACAGGAAAGGAGAUACUGUUUCUACUGUGUUCAGAAAAGUUCCAGAACUUUGUGUGGUUCUCGAACUGAGAGGUAGGUAUAUGUUUAAUGUUCCUGAGUGUGGAUGUUUGUGUGUGCGUGCCGACAGUUUCUUCCUCGUAAAGGAACGUUGUAUUCCUUUAUGCAAAUUAAUUUGCUGAUCAGGGGAACGCAUACUGUACCUUUUUUAAGUUGUUGGCCUUUUUUAAAUGCAUUUGUCCCCGGCUCUUUAGAAUACACUGCCCACACGUGGGCAAGUCGCCAUCUAGAAGCCAACUAAUCAUGUUGCUAAAACACUGUCUGCAGAACUGCAGGACACAGUCUGUAUGUCUGAAAUGGCACCCUAUUCCCUUUUAUAGUGCACUUUCUUUGACCAGUAUAAACUAGUACACUGUAUAGGGAAUAGGGUGCCAUUUUGGACUCAGAGUCAAAUCUCUCUCUUUGUGGCUCAUUUUUUUUAUUUGUGUAAAAGUACAAAUAUUUGUUACACAUAUUUUUUUCUUUGCUUUAAAGAACAAGAAGGCAUUUGUCUCUGAUAUUGAAUUAUGGGGAACAUUUCCGUAGAGCUUGAUUUGACUAUUUUGAUACCGCCUUGGUUGGUUCUUACCUCAGAAAUCAUAAUUUGUUAUGACAGAAGGUAAAUAUUGCCAGAAUAUUUGCAGUAAAUCUUCAUAUUUACAAGGAUGUGGCCAAACUGUCUUCUCACGUGUAUAUAACGACUGAAUUAUACUGCGAGAGGACAGAGUAGGGAGAAAUAGUGUUGUUAUUAUUUUUUGUCUAAUUCCCAUUUUCUACCAGAAUCUUCCACACUGCUUGUUUGUUGUACGACGUGUUAUGUCAGGUUUUAGCCAAAUGUUUGUUUGUGUGUAGAGUAGUGUUACAUUUCAGGUAACUUUUCCAGAAACCCAGAUUGAAAGAUUCCCGGGAAUCAGGAAGGAAUACGCAGGGAAUCCAGAAUCCUCCAAACAGGAUUUCGUGAUUACUGGAAUUUUGCAAUCCUGGUGUAGUCGUGUGAAUGCUGUAGUGAAAAUAAUACUUGUGACUUCUAUUUUUGUUUUGUUAUAUGUUGGUUGUCCCAUAUUAUCUGAUAUUUUAAACUAACAUUACUGUUGCAAUGUCUACAUAUUAAAAGCACCAUCCUGUCAA